ACUCCCGGCGCCGGGGCGGGCGGCCGCGCGCGGGCCAGCGGGCUGAGCUGGGCACUGAGUGGGGGCGCACGCUCGCGGGACCCAGGCCCCGCCACCUCCUCUCCGUCCCCCGGCUGCGUUCUCAAUUUCGAGCAGUGGGAGGACGGGAAGCGGGAGCCAUGCAGUCGGAAUCGGGAAUCGUGCCGGAUUUCGAAGUCGGGGAGGAGUUUCAUGAAGAGCCCAAAACCUAUUACGAACUCAAAAGUCAACCCCUGAAGAGCAGCAGUUCCGAGGAGCAUCCUGGGGCCUCCAAGCCUCCAAUAAGCUCCUCCAGUAUGACAUCACGCAUCUUGCUACGCCAGCAACUCAUGCGUGAGCAGAUGCAGGAGCAGGAGCGCAGGGAGCAGCAGCAGAAGCUGCAGGCGGCCCAGUUCAUGCAACAGAGAGUGCCUGUGAGUCAGACACCAGCCAUAAACGUCAGUGUGCCCACCACCCUACCCUCUGCCACCCAGGUGCCGAUGGAAGUCCUUAAGGUGCAGACCCACCUCGAAAACCCCACCAAGUACCACAUACAGCAAGCCCAAAGGCAGCAGGUAAAGCAGUACCUUUCUACCACUUUAGCAAAUAAACAUGCCAACCAAGUCCUGAGCUUGCCAUGUCCAAACCAGCCUGGCGAUCAUGUCAUGCCACCAGUGCCGGGGAGCAGCGCACCCAACAGCCCCAUGGCUAUGCUUACACUUAACUCCAACUGUGAAAAAGAGGGAUUUUAUAAAUUUGAAGAACAAAACAGGGCGGAGAGCGAAUGCCCAACAAUGAACACGCACUCACGAGCAUCAUGCAUGCAGAUGGAUGAUGUUAUCGAUGACAUCAUUAGCCUAGAAUCAAGUUAUAAUGAAGAAAUCCUGAGCUUGAUGGAUCCUGCCUUGCAAAUGGCAAAUACGUUACCUGUCUCUGGAAACUUGAUUGACCUUUAUGGCAAUCAAGGACUGCCGCCCCCAGGCCUCACCAUCAGCAACUCUUGUCCAGCCAACCUUCCCAACAUAAAAAGGGAGCUUACAGCGUGUAUUUUUCCCACAGAGUCUGAAGCAAGAGCGUUGGCUAAAGAGAGGCAAAAAAAGGACAAUCACAACUUGAUUGAACGAAGAAGAAGAUUUAACAUAAAUGACCGCAUUAAAGAACUAGGUACUUUGAUUCCCAAGUCAAAUGAUCCAGACAUGCGCUGGAACAAAGGAACCAUUUUGAAAGCAUCUGUGGACUACAUCCGAAAGUUGCAACGAGAACAACAACGCGCAAAAGAACUUGAAAACCGACAGAAGAAACUGGAGCAUGCCAACCGGCAUUUGUUGCUCAGAAUACAGGAACUUGAAAUGCAGGCUCGAGCACAUGGACUUUCCCUUAUUCCAUCCACGGGUCUCUGUUCUCCAGAUUUGGUGAAUCGGAUCAUCAAGCAAGAACCUUCUCUUGAGAACUGCAGCCAAGACCUCCUUCCGCAUCACGCAGAUCUAACUUGUACAACAACCCUCGAUCUCACAGACGGCACCAUCACCUUUAACAACAACCUUGGAACCGGGACUGAGAGCGGCCAAGCCUAUAGUGUCCCCACGAAAAUGGGAUCUAAACUGGAAGACAUCCUGAUGGAUGAUACUCUUUCUCCUGUUGGCGUAACUGAUCCACUUCUUUCCUCAGUGUCCCCUGGAGCUUCCAAAACAAGCAGCCGAAGGAGCAGUAUGAGCAUGGAAGAAACUGAGCAUGCCUGUUAGCAAAGCCUCCCUGCUCUGCAUUCUCACAAACUGCUUCUUUCUUGAUUAGUAGAUUUAAUAAUUGACCUGAAGGGGUUUUCUUGAUAAUUUUCCUUUAAUAUGAAUUUUUUUUCAUGCUUUAUCAAUAGCCCAGGAUAUAUUUUAUUUUUAGAAUUUUGUGAAACAGACUUGUAUAUUCUAUUUUACAACUACAAAUGCCUCUAAAGUAUUGUACAAUAAGUGUACAGUAUCUGUGAACUGAAUUCACCCUGGACGUUAGCUUUCUGAGCAAGAGGAUUUUGCAUCAGAGAAAUUUCUGUCCAUUCUUAUUCAGGGGAAACAUGGUUUGAGAUUUUUAUGCCUGCGACUUCCUUGGAAAUUAAAUGUAAAGUUUAAUGGAAAGAAUGUAAAGCAACCAAAAAAUAAAAUAAAAUAAAAAGAGAGAAAGUCAGAGAGACAGAGAGAAAAGAAAAGAAGAAAUCCACACUAACUUUUUCCAUUUUGUAAAUGUGUUCGUCGGUACUGCCUUAAAGAUACAGUACCCUUCUAGCAGUAUUUAGUCUUUAUACUGCACACUAUUUAAAGAAAUACUAUGUUCCAUAAAAGGAAAAAAAAAUACAGCCAUUUUUAUGACAAUUGUCUGGUUAGAAAACAUAAUUGAUACCUUACUUAGGAGCAACUGAAAUUGGAGGGAGACAGACCAAGGUUCUGAAACGUGGGAUCUCAUUGUUCACUCUGUGCUGUUAUAAGUUUCCUCAUCAAUUAGUAUGAUUCAGUUUUUCAUAAGAUAUAUUUUAGUUUGAAAUGAAAAUUUAUGUUCUUUCAAAGUAAAAUAUUGAGGAGCACUGAAAGUUUUACUCUUUUUUCCUUCAGUUUUGCUUUUGAUAAGGAAACCAAACUGGGCACAUUUCUAAUUGGCUUUACUAUUUUUAUUUUUAAAUUAUGUUUUACUAUUCAUUUGAUUUGUACAGAUUAUUGUCAUAAUUUUUUUCAGUAUGUUUGUAUUAAUUUGUAAGAAUAUGCAUCUUAAAAUGGCAAGUUUUCAGUAUUUUUACAACUCACUGGUGGUUUUCUGCAUUCUUUGUACACACAUGAAAGAAAACUUUUAUGCAAGGUCUUGUGUUUAAAGAGAGCUUUGCGAAUAUUUUGUAUAUUACAGUCUCACUUGGAACUGUUUUCCACACACUUAAGAUGUAGUAUUAAUAGGUUAAAACCUGCUUUCUAGGGAAAAUAAACUUACAUAUUUAUUUUUAGUGAUAAAAAAAUAGCAAUAUUCUGGGAGACUUAUAACCAUAGCGUUAAUACGCUCAUUAUGGUCAUUUGAAUUGAGGUUUAUUUCGGCAAACUUGCUGAAUUUUUUUAAAGAGAGAAAUACUGUAUCGGCAAAUCACUGUUACUUGAUAGCAAUGUUUUAACAAGCAGCAAUGUUGUAAAGUUAGUUUCAGUGCAUUAUCUACUUGUGUAGUCCUAUGCAAUAAUAGUAGUGUUACAUGUAUUCUAUCAGGCCUAGAUGUUUUAUACAGAUGACAUAUGGUGUUAAGAGCCAGGCUGUUGAAUGGAAUUUCUCAGUAGCAGCCUACAAUUGAAUAGCAAGUAGCAUAAAGCAUAUCCAUUCAGAAUGAAGUGCCUUAAAUAUAGCAGUAGUCUUUUUUGGAUGAGCACUGACUGAACUGUAAUGCAGGAGAAAGUUUCGAGAUGGUAGCUGUAAUCAAGAGGAACAUGUAGCACGGUGCCUAUGUAGACAAUAUAAGAGCUUCCAAUUUUCCUUCAGAUAUUUUUAAUAUUAAAUAUAUUUUAGUGACAGAGUGCCAACUUCUUUCAUCAGGAAACCUUAUUCAGGAGGGUUAAAAAAAAAAAAGUUUAAAUGUCAAAUGUGAAUUGGUGAUGGGUGUUGGAGGAUUCAGAGAGAAGGAGUGAUUGUCAGAUAUAUGGAUGGUUGGCUUACGUGAAAAUAAUCAACUGCAUAGUUCCCAAGCACGCUGGGCAUUGAGAAUCCUUGGAAAUGUUGAUGAUGCUAUCAGUUUUAUAGCUUUAUUAUGUAAGGGGGUAGGGAAAAUUAGUUCCCAUUCUUUCAACCUCCUUAAUUGUAUAGCUCUUUUCCUAGAAUAGUGAUGCAAAUCUGCAUGAACAGCUAAUUGUACCAUAGUGUUCAUUGAUACAAUCAUAGCAUUGUCUAUUUUUCUCUUCAUAUUUAUAUAGGGAGAGAGGACCUGGGUGCAAAAUUCAAAGAUUGCAAUGGUAUGAUGCUAGUUUUCUUUAGCUGAUUUGAAAGAUUUUUAAAAAUAGAGCAAGGUUGACCAGCCCGUGGCCCACGGAACAUGGCCAGGGUUAACCCUUAUAGAAAGCUUUGUUGAGAGAAAGCAUGGCAUCUUGUACCACUGUCCUGGAUCUCGCAUCUCCUGAGCUCAUCAUCGCCUGCUUCCCCCUUCCCCUUCUUAAGAGACAAUUUCUGGGAGUGGCAGGUGAGUAAGCCCAGGAGAACGCUGCAACUUCGGGCGUGGUUUUAUUUCUUUCUUUUUUGCCAAAUAGAGUGUGGAUUCAUUUUAGGGACUAAUUAAGCCAAGAGGUGGUGGUUUGAGCUCCCCGUUUAUGAUGAGAGAAUGAUCCACACCACUCCCUCCAUCCCUGGGUGCAGAAUUGUGACCCGGGUUGGGCCUCCAUGUGGAGUGACUAAAAUGCCAAACCCUCCACCUGCCUCUGGGUAAGGUAAUGGAAAUACCAAACCUUCUGACUUUGCCAAAAACCAUACAACCAACCUGGUCAUACAUAGGAUGACAAAGUUUUUCUGGUUGUUUUUAAAUAAUAAAGCAAUAAGAACAAAUAAAAUACAUAGGAAGUUAAAAGGUACAAAAUAAAAGCACAAAGGAAUGCACUUAUUGAUAUUUUUUAAAUGCACUGGGGAAAAGUUGAUGUUGAUAACAGUGUAUUAAGAAACCCUAUUUCUUGGGAAAACAAAAAGACAAACGACUGUCUCUUGCGGACGCUUGGUACUGUAAUGUAGUCAUCUGCUGUUGGAUGCAGCAAUAAUUUCUGUAUGAUCCAUAGCACUGUAAAUUAUGGAUCGAUAUUAAUGUAUCCAAUGAUAUAAUUGAACUGUUGUUCUUGAUAGCCUCAUUAAAGCAUUUGGUUUUUCACAUA